CGGCACCAAGAUCUUUCAGAAAACAGAGGAUAAUAACCCAAAAAAUGAACACAAUUCAUUUCUUCGUGGCCAUUGCGGUCGUAGCUUGCUGGGCGAUUCCAGCAACAGCACAAACGAUUCCAACAACGGUCGGACCGACAACAACAAGAGCACCACUUGGUGUCUGUGGAAAAUAUUUCCCCUACUACACCGACUACAGUUGCUGGGAAUUGGGCGGCAAUUGCUAUUGCGGCGGCGGGAAGGGUGACUGGGAAUAUGCAUACGAGAGAUGCUUAGAGCAAAACAUGACGCUGUUGACUAUUGAAACGCAACAAGAGGACAAGAUGAUUGACGACUUCUUUCAACUCAACCACGAAGACAACUACUCGGUAGAACCCUACUGGACGUCGGGCAAAUACUCUGAACUCGGCAGCCAAUGGGAAUGGAAUCCCGACUGGUUUCCAGUUGAUGACAACUACGGAAAUGAAACAACAACCGUAGCACCAGCAACGCCGCCACCAGGGACGCCAAUGGGCUACACCAACUGGUAUCCAGGGCGACCGAACAACAACAAAGACGGGCAUCAGCACUGCCUCGGUCUCGUUUUCUUCUACGGCGUCACCUACGAAAACGGACAUUGGGACGAAUUUUCGUGCGAUAGUUUCUACCAUUUUAUCUGUGAAGCAUCCCCGUGAAUAUUCACAAAGUAAAAUAAAAAUAAAAAUUCUAGACGGG